GGGAGACGAGGGGACGCAGACGAGAGGGAGGGCGCAUGCGCUCACUUUCUCUUCUCUUUGGUGGCUGUAGGUUGGCGUCGAACGUGGAAAACAGCCAAUGAGGGCUUAGUGUUUGCAACUGGCUGGUGCCCACCCCCGCCGCUGCCGCUGCCACGGUAGAACCAGAAGUAGCAGGGACCUUCCGCUAAGUGUCCGCCACUUCUUGGGGGAGGGGGAGGGAACCGCAGCAAUCGCCGCGAUUUCAGCUGUAAGGAGUGAACAAUACAGUCAAAAAAAUGGAGGCUCAUACAUCUGUUGACAUGUUUGCAAAAGUCCUGGAGAAUCAGUUGCUUCAGACAGCCAAUGUUGUGGAACAGCAGCUGGACUCUGAGAUUGAAAAACUGGAUCAGAUGGAUGAGGAUGAUCUGGAGCGCCUCAAAGAGAAGAGACUUGAAGCGCUAAAGAAAGCACAACAGCAGAAACAAGAAUGGCUUUCAAAAGGACACGGUGAAUACCGAGAAAUUCCUAGUGAGAGAGAGUUUUUUCAGGAAGUGAAGGAAAGUAAAAAAGUGGUUUGCCACUUCUACAGAGAUUCCACAUUCAGAUGUAAAAUACUAGAUAAACAUUUGGCAAUAUUGUCCAAGAAACAUUUGGAGACCAAAUUCCUGAAGCUAAAUGUGGAAAAGGCACCUUUCCUGUGUGAAAGACUGAGUAUCAGAGUUAUUCCCACUCUAGCUCUGGUGAAAGAUGGAAAAACACAAGAUUAUAUAAUAGGUUUUACUGAUCUAGGAAAUACAGAUGACUUCACUACAGAAACUUUAGAAUGGAGACUCGGUUGUUCUGAUAUUCUUAAUUACAGUGGAAAUUUGAAGGAGCCACCAUUUCAAAACCAAAGGAAAUUUGGAACCAACUUCACAAAACUGGAAAAGAAAACCAUCCGAGGAAAAAUAUAUGAUUCUGACUCUGAUGAUGACUAGAGCACUGCUAUAAAUCUUUGUAAAUCAUCUUUUGUUUCCGCAUUCUUCAAUUCCAGGAAUGUUUUCUAAAGCCUAUUAUUUUCAUUACAUUUGAACAUGAUGCUCAUUUUCUAUACAGUUUUAUACAACUGAAUCAUAGAAGACAUCUUAAAUAUUUUCUGUUUGGAGGUCAUUUUUAGGUUGAAGAGAUUAAGCUCUUCUGAAUUAAUAGUAGAAAGUGACUGAAUUCUUUCUAUUUCUAGGAUUAAGAUUUAUUUCCAGAUGAGUUUUAUGUAAUCUCCAUCUAAAUGUGUUUAUACCAUUCACUUACUGGUUUUAAAAUAGCAUCCCAGGGAACUAUUCCAGGAAUAGCUUUUCAACAGCAUUCUUUACUUUGUAGAGCCAUAUUCUGUGGCAUUGACUAGUCACCACUUUUCACUCUUCGUUUAUAAAGGGUCUUUCACUUCUGGGAUGUUCCAAAUCAGCCAUCUAAAAACUGCCUGUUUACCAACCCUUAACACUAUGUGGUAAAGUUGAAUGUGACUGAUGACAAGUCAGCCAUUCUAGACUCUGAAAAUAUUGCCUUAUUCAAAAGAUUCGAUUUUACAAUUCCAGCUUCCUUUUGUAUUUUUUGAGACAAAUAAAAAGUGAUAAGGUUAUUUGGUAAUCAGCAAAUUAGGAAAAAAAAAAAACUUGACAGGAGCAUGCUACCGUAGAGGAACAACAAAUGGGAUUCCCCUCAAGAAAUGAAAUCCUUGAACAGCCUCCUUCACACCUUUGAUCCUUUUCCCCAGAGCUCUAGUACAACUACAUCUGGACUGAAUUCAGGGAGACACAGGUGGCAGUGAAGGGCUGGCUGUACCUGGGGCAGCCCUGCAGUACAGGCUAGACUCAUAAAUUUUAAAGGCCACUUGGUCAUCCAGCCCUAACCGCCCCCGUUUGAUAGACGAAAAAACAGAAGUACAAGUGACUUGCUCCAGGUCUCAUAGUAUGUGAAAGAGGUGAGAUUUGAAACCAGAUCCUCUGAUUCAAAUCCAAUGUCCUGUCUGCUGCCUCUCAAAAAAUACCUUAGAUCAGUUCUUUGACAUCUCUUAGCAUCAUUAGUUGGGACUUUUAUUUGGCCUCAGCAAGAAAAAUAAAAUAAUCUGAAUGCUAGUGUUCAGUGUCCUGGUUUUUAACAUCUUUUUAGAGCAAUAUGUUGCCUUUCUUGAAGGAGCUUUUAGGAACCAGGCACUGACUUUUCCUGGAGUUCAGACGCUCAGUCAUCCCGUAUGAUUGUAGGUUGAGUAGGUUGUUGACAGGUUUUCAAGAAGCAGCUCUAAACAAGUCCAGAUCUGCCCCUGGAACUCAGCCUGAUGCUUUUAAUGAACACCUGAGAUUACCCCAUCAUACCACAGAUCCCUGCCCUGUCCUGAGAGACAGGUUCUCAUUUAAGCCCACUGAUGCUGUAGCCACACGUUUUUUCUCUACGAAUUAAUGGGAAAUAAAUUGAGCUUUAAAAAGGCAAAGUA